AUGCAGAGAAUUCUCAGAACAACGUCAAAUCCAAGUUUAUGGGCUCUGAUGGGCGCACCGAUGCUGGAGGCGGAGGGGUUGCUGCUAUCACAUCUUCCAGCACAGGAGUCUGAUCGGGGCCUGGAGUUCCCGACAAUCCUGGAAAGUGAGAUGGAGAAGAGCAUCAAUGGUGAGGCGGCGACGCCGGCGAUGCAAGGGUGUUCAAACAGCGAGGCGACUAAAAGGAGCGAUCCCAGCGACGAUGGUGACUUCAAUAGCCCCGACAAAUGCUGCGACGACGAGGCGUAUCAAGGAAGCAAUGGUGAUGGUGGCCAAGUCACUAGGCGGCCACGGCAGCGGCUGAAACUCUCAUCUGGUCCUCCUCUGUGUUCACUGUCCCUUCUACAGCUUGAACAGAAGAUCCUUCCCUGA